AUGUCAAUAUCCGCAAUAACCAUUCCAACAAAGUCUGAGGUUAAUCUCCGACGAUUACUAUCCGUCUGUGAGAAUCAAGUCUCGCAGGAAAAUGGGUUAAUACGAGGCCCUGAAAAAUUGAAAUUUGUCACGAAUAUAAAGUAUUUAAGAAAACUUUUGGAACAAAUUGAAUUGGAUUCGACCAACAAUGUAGAUAAAACAGCGAUAAGUGAAUAUGCACGCAAAAUCCAACAUUUAUCUGACAUUGUGGAUGAAUUCAAACUAAUUUCUCCAGUAAAUCGUACUUUCUCGCAGGCGCGUUUUACCAAAAAUGCGUAUCAAACACAAAACGAAAAGAAUAAGGAGAACGAAUUGGAAUUAAAGUUAGUUCGUCAGGCGGAGAAAGAAUUAAAACGGGAACUAUUUCAGGCACCACAUACCAACGAUAAUAAUAAUAAUGAUGAUGAGCCUGACAAUUUAAAGAGUAUACAGGAAAAACGAAUAGAACUAUUUUCAUCAGAUGCUAUUAACGAAUCAGAAAUAAGACAACGAAGGACAAAUAAAUUUGAUCAAGAGGAAACCACAAAUGUAGAAUCGGUUCUGCAGUAUCAUCGGCAGACACAAGAAGAACUGACGCAGGACCUGGUGAAAAUGGCAGAACGAUUAAAAAUGAAUUCAAUCACUUUUGACCAAGCACAAUCAGUUCUCGUAGGCAAUUUAGAUCGUCUCAAGAAAGAAGGUACCCGUCUCGUACGCUACGCCGGAAAAUCAAUAUCCAAAGCACCACAAACUUAG